CUCAGUCCAGACUGCCACUGCCAGUGCCAAGUAUACUCUGCCUGAGAUUACACGAAGCCGUGCAGUUUCUGAUUGCCACUUAUUGAGACCGCGCCGGUCAUUGACGAUAGAAGCUACCAAUAUCAGGCCCACCAUCGUGUUCUCAUGAAGUCAAUGGGCUCGAUCGUGCGAGCAGAGACAAACUGCCAUGUCGAAUCACAUCCAAUUGCACGUUUCUGAUACUCGGUGCCGAUGAAGCGUGCUGUAUAAACAGACGAGAUUACAGAGAAAGAUCAGGACUGAUUGUUGACUACGUCCACAGCUGAAGCUCGAUGUUUCAACCAGCACAACCCGAAUAUGUUCCCACCCAAGCCGAUUACGAUUAUGCCGAACGAGAGGUCCGAAAAUAUAUCGUCAAGAUCAAGAUGCAUGAACAUAAUCGCGACCUCAUGGAAGCUGAGGUGGCAAGAUUCAACAUGUUCCUCGACUCCUUGCAUGUAGUGGAACCUGCCUCACAGAAAUCUAUUUGGAAGACCGUCGUGGAGAAGGUCAUUGGUGCAACUAUUGACCCGGCGCUCCAAACUCUGCUGGCCAACAUGUGGAAUCAGUACUUGGUCAAGUCCACAAAAGCUCGGCAAAGGCGGCCACCGGUUUCCAACGAUGCGGGACCCAGCUAUCCCGUGCCUGUUGAACCGUACGCUCGGGAACCGUCUCUGUUCUCUAUCGACCUCUCUCCCGCUAGCAGUCAGCACUCGCAGAUCUCAAGCUAUCAUUCCGCGCGUUACCCGACCAUGCCAAUGGGGCCGUCUGGUCACUCGCACGGUGCGAGGAUCAACCUGCCCGUUCCGGCUGGGACACCUGGAAUUUCGCCGCCACGCACGUCUGCGGACUCUGGAAACAGCGAACAAUGGCCUAUCCCUGGGCCUGUGAACAACGACCAUCUUUACGCACUUCCCAAUCCGCAUCAUGGACGCAUGCAAGAAGCGAUCUAUCGACAGAAUGUUGGCAAACCUGGGUGGUAUUCUCCAUUGCCGCCGCCGCAUCGGGACCAUCGGGACCCCGAUUAUCCCACCGGCGUCGUCUUUGGCACUCCGGACAGCGGGCAUCAUGCCAGCUCGAGCUAUGGUGGAAACCCGCAAUAGGCUAUCACGAAGAUGCCUCGCAUCGUGCUCUCUCUGAUCCUUCGUUGUGCCUAUGCUUUUCAUGUUCUCUGUAACACAAUCUUGUCCCGCGCAAUGGAAGACCUCUUGGUCGUCCUUUCAUUCGAACUGUUCGG